UGCAGUGUCACCUAUCAUACAAUUGCUAUAUAUUACACUCAUUUCAUCAGCUUGGUUUUCUCUAGGAAGUAUAUUGCAUUUAUGGAUCAGAAGCAGCCUCUGAAUCAUCUCUUCACACUGCUGCUGCUCCUUUCAUGCCUUCUCUCCCUGGAAGCAGCUCCACUGUCAAGAAUCCUUGCAUCAAGGAACCAAGACAGAGCAGUAACGAAGGCAGCAGAACAGGUGAUUAACAAAGAGAUGAUAGUCACGGAAGGAGUUCCUGUGAGCGGGGCGAUGGACAUUGAACUCAAUGACUACCCGGGUUCUGGAGCAAACAGCCACCAUGAUCCUAAGAACCCUAGAAAACCGUGAAUCACACUCCCAGUGUGGAAGAUGGAUUGCCGUGUACUAUUAGCCACCUAGUGCAGUAGCCUUGAUGAGUUCAUGUAUUAUGUAUGAUUAGUACUGGAGUAAUGGUAUCAAAAAG